AUGAGUGGCUUCGUUUCUUCGCUGCUGAUCCAAAUUGGAAUACGAUCUCCCGAUCUGCCCCCACCAAGGCCCCAACCGCAUGCCACUGAACACCUGAACGAACCGCCCGGUGAUAGCCAAGUCACUUCUCAAACAGGCCACGGCGGACAACUUAUCUGCGGAGAUGCGGGUGCAGGGUCCUUGCAUAGCCCUCCCUUCUUCUCAAUCGUGCCCAAAGAUAUGGAUGGUCGCAACUUGCAGCAGGGCACUCAAUCAGUGACCCAUAGCACAUCUGGAUCCAUUCAAAACAUGACUGUAACAGAUGGCUCAACCGACCCUCCGCAUGAAGCCAACGCCAGCCCGCAGUCGGUCAACUCGACUCCACACCCCGGCGAGGGGGUGUACCCGCAGAAUGCGUCACAGGAUACACCUUUGGCAAUACCGAUUGAAAGCGCUCAUAUGUCUGUUAGAAAUGCCAUCGAACUAGAGGGAUUGGCGCAAUCGUCUCUUCCAGAGGAUGAUGGAAUGGGCGUUCUGAGAAGCAAGAUCAUCGCGAUCCGGGAUCAACAGCUUGCCAAUGCCGAAAAGGCACGCAUGGUCCAUGAUCUGAUGACAGAAAGUUACAACUCUUCGCGAGCCCAUCUGAAUAAUGCAGGGACAACGAUAUUCUCAGCGCCCACCAAUCCACCAAUCCUAGGACUACCCGUGAGUCCAAGGACACGCCGAGCUUUGGAGAGCCAAGCUUCUGAGUUGGACCAAACAAGCGUCAGUUCUAUACCGUAUGAGAGCGUAUACAAUCUCACAUCCGAGGAUUUACAACCUACUUUUGUUCCAAAGGCAGAAACAGAGGUGGAAGAGUCUAUGAUAGCUGAGACGGGCGACGAAGACUUAGAUACAGAAGAGUUAGCAGAGGCUACUCUGGGCUGUGUGCAUUAUCACCGCAAUGUGAAAUUGGAGUGCCAUACCUGCAAGAAGUGGUACACCUGUCGGUUCUGCCAUGACGAAGUUGAAGACCAUGCUCUCAUUCGCCGAGACACGGAAAACAUGCUUUGCAUGCUAUGUGGACACGCCCAGCCGGCAGGACAAAAUUGCAGAAAGUGUGAGGAACAGACAGCGCAGUAUUACUGUGACAUAUGCAAGCUUUGGGACAAUGAUAGCAAGAAAAGCAUCUACCAUUGCGAUGACUGUGGUAUUUGCCGGAUUGGGCAAGGACUGGGAAAGGAUUUCUUCCAUUGUCAGGUGAGGCCUCCAUGA